AACCUGUCACUUUUUUCUCAAUGAAGCCGUGAGGAGGUGCUCGUACACAUUGUAAAAAUUGAAUUGGUUUUAAUUAAAUAGUUUUCAAAACAGAAUUACAGUGCCAAUAAUGUUGAGGUAUCUCCUCGAUAAGUUUUGGAGUGAAGACGUGUGGUUGCCGCCAAAUACGACAUGGGCAGACAUCGCUCCUGGUCCCGAUAAGGCGGUGGUUUACACCGAUCAUACGCACGUUUUCUAUCCUAUACCGUUAGCAUUUGUGUUUAUACUCGUACGCUACGUGAUAGAGAAGUCCAUCAUUGCUCCAUUCGGCACAUACUUGGGUAUCAAAAACACGAAGCCACGACGAGCACCGAACAACCCUAAGCUAGAAAAAAUCUACAAGAACUCACCUAAACUAAAACAGCCGGAAAGCUUAGCCAAGAAGCUAGAAAUAUCGGAGCGUGAGUUGCAACGCUGGUGGCGCCUCCGUCGCGGACAGGACAAGCCCUCGACCCUCGUGAAGUUCUGUGAGAAUGCGUGGAAAGUGCUCUUCUACACCUGUAAUUUCGCCUUCGGCUUGUACACGCUUUGGGACAAGGAAUGGCUGUGGGACAUCGACCAGUGUUACAUCGGAUAUCCUCAUCAGGGCCUCACGAACGACAUCUGGUGGUACUACAUGAUAUCGGCAGCGUUCUACUGGUCGCUGACGUUCUCUCAGUUCUGGGACGUGCGCCGCAAGGACUUCUGGCAGAUGUUCGUGCACCACAUCGCCACCAUCUUGCUGCUGUCCUUCAGCUGGGUCUGCAACCUGCACAGGAUCGGCACGCUCGUGCUCUUACUGCACGACUGUGCGGACAUAUUUGUUGAAUCGGUGAAGGCGUCCAAAUACGCGAAGUACCAGAAACUGUGUGACGUGCUGUUCCUGAUGCUGAUUGUAGUGUGGAUCGGUACCCGGGUCGGCAUCUACCCCUUCUACCUCAUUUGGAGUACAUCAAUCCGCGCGCCCAUGCUGCUCCCGAUGUUCCCCGCUUACUACAUCUUCAACUCGCUGCUGUGCCUACUGCUCGUGCUGCACAUAGUGUGGACCUGGCUCAUACUGCAGAUCGCAUACGUCGCUAUUAAGAUUGGACAGAUGGACGGCGACAUCCGAAGCUCGAGCUCCGACCUGAGCGACAGUCCACAUACCUCAAACAAUAGCUCACCCACCCGGUCGAAGAGUAGAAAGGACACGUAGAGUGCUACACAGCAGAACAACACCAGAGUCUAGCGACAAUAACACGUACUGUGUCCACACAACUAUUGUACAGGAUCAACUUGCUCCGUACUUCACACCAUACAUUGCGGCUCCAUACUGAAGUUAGCUACGAAUAACGCCACCACCGUCACUCUUGGCGUAAGUUUCAUAAUGAUAUUACGUUUUAUACCUGGUUCUUGUAAGUUGUCUGACAGGAUCAAAAACAUUAGCAGCGCCCUCUAGGCAGCGCAAAAACCGAUCUGUCACUGAAAACAAUCUUUCCUUAUUAACUUAAUAUAUUUGAAUUUAAAUCUUGAAACACAGUCGCAAUGGUGUACGGACUUUAGUUCAGUUCAAUGUGUAGCGUAUAGUUAUGUUAUUAUGUAAUAUAAUUAUUGUAUUUUGUGAGUUAGCUUUGGAUAUGUUGAGGCUUUCUGUAACGGGAUGGGCAGGCCACGCUCGGGAUGUUUGGUAAUCGUUAUCCAUGUAUGUAGAAAACGGGAACUUGAUUGACUAUUUUGCUUUUUUUUUUUAUAUUGGAGUAGAGAUUUGAGUUUGAUACCUAGAUUUUUGAUUUAUAUCUCGAUAUAAUCUAUGUAUCUGUAGAUUUACUUACUAAAGAUAGUAUUUUGACACAUUUUGGUUGAAACUUUUAUCAAAAUUCUAUUUAAACUAGCCGUUAAUGUGCAAAUGUUUCAUAACUAUGGUAUCCCAGUGAAUAUCUCAUUCAUUUAAGCUCUACAAGCAAUAAUAAACUCUGUCUCUUUUAGAGAAAGUAUACUUUUAUUUGAUUCCAGUGUGAAUAGUCAAUCUUAUUCUUGUUCCACUCCUUGUGUGAGGGCCUCACAGGUGUUAAAGAACAAAUUAUUUUAAGAAUAUAAAUAAGGAAACCAUAUGAUAUUAUUAUUGGGCUGCAAUGAUACUUAUCUACCUAAGUAGUAUGGCCAAAUAUUUGUAUGGAGGAGACUGGUUUUUGGUAUCAAGAAUAUUGAUAAUACCUAUUACAUUAUAAUACUUAUAAAGAUGAUUCUAUCAGUUAUAGAUAGAUUUCAAUGCAAAAUGUACCAACAAAGAAACCAGCUUACUCCAUACAAACCUCACACACUUGUUUACAUAGAUAGCGAUUACCAAUACAAGUAUUUAUUUCUUACAAUUUGUGUCUGUUUUAAUCGUUACAUAUGAAAUAUAAAGUUAAAUAACUUGGCAGGUCUACAUUCAUAUUUAACGAUUGAAACAGAAUGGAGUAAUUGAGAUUAUGGGAUAACGGAUAGUGAGGCCUCAAGGCUUGUAGCACUUAGAACAAUAUGGAGGCAUUAGUUGUAGAAACUGCCGCGACAGUGGCGCUAGUGGGCACGGACAACGUCUCAAAGAUAUUACCAAAAAUAGAAUUAAUUUAAUUGAGCACAAAACAUUUAUAUUGUACCUAUAUAUCUAUUCCAAUAUUAUUAUUAUCAUUGAAGAGAUAUAGACAAACGCUGAAGUUACUGUCGCAAGUCAGUGACCACUAGCUCCAUCUAGCGGUCGAAUGCACUCCUCAUUAACGACCGACGCCAAUUACGUCACAAUAUAGUAAACAUUACAAUGAACAAUACAAUGCAAAAUGAACCUUAGUACUAGAGGUUACGUUUUACAAAACUAAUGAUAUUUCUAUGUGGUGACGUAGUUGGUGAACAGUCUAUAUUGAAUGUUUAUAAAUAUUUAGCGUUAAGCUCAAUGUGUAGGUGUAAGUUGAACAGUGAGACGGACCAAACAUAGGAUUUCCGUUCGUUUGGUAAGCCAAAUCGUAGCUGUUUGUAGUUUCAUGAACAAUUUGUGGGCCGACGUAUGUGGAAAAUAAUAGAAUUAUACCCUAAUUUCAUAUUUAAUGUAACAUUUUCAUUGCUCGUUAGCAGAGGCCAUAGAAUGAGUUUGUUUUACGUUGGAAGAGAUCGAAAUGGUACCGUGUUCAGCGUUCUGAUUGGCAGGCUCCUAUGAACCUACCAAUCAGAGGGAUCGGUAAUUUUUCGAUCUCGUUAAAUGUAACUCAAAUUCGUACUAGGCUCUUUGCUAUAUGGUAGUUUCAAUCGAAUAUUUUAUUAAUUAUAUUAUGUUAUAGUUAAAUAAAAUGAGUUGGACACUUCAUCGGCCCACGACUUAUAACAGGGACCACGUAGUUGGACUAGAUUUUCUCAGAUUUACCACCGAUCUGACUGCGUAAAUUCGAACUAAGAUAUUUGCAAAAUAUUCACUGUUUUGUCGGUAAAAAAUUAGACCUGUUAUACGAUAAACUAUCGUAGUCUAAUUUACACGCAGUUAGGUUACAAAAUUCACUAAAAUUGUUAUUUUUCUAUGAAAAAAACUUUAACGCCGUUCCUUCCCCCCUAUAUUUUUAAUUCUGAUAUUAAUAACUGCAUUCCGUUUGUACCUAAUAUUUAAACAAUAUACAACAAAUAUUUUUAUUUUCGACUGAUUAAAAUUAAAAAGAAUAUAACGGUUACUUCGAUUUUCGAACUACUAUUUUUUUAAAGUUACGGCGCGGUAUUGCCAGCCCUAAAAUAUAUAUUUUCACUACGGCAGUUUUGGAACUCUUUACUGUUACUCUUACCAUAUUAUAUUGUCUAUGUAUUUAUUAGAAUAUAGGAUAAACGUUAUGUUAUGUCGUGUCGUUUGAAAUGUGAACUUUCUUAGCACUACAAAUAAUAUAUUUUGUAUGUCUAUUUAUGAAUUUAUAUUAUAAAUUAAUACGAAUAAUUCCACUACUUGGAAUUGAUGGAUGAUCUUUUUGAGGGAAACAUUGAAAUAGUAUUUUAUUAUACCUUUGUUGACGUUCUAAACGUUUUGUCUUAAUGUCGGUUCCAUCUUCCACGCAAUUCCGUUAAUAAGUAAUAGAACAGAUUAUUGUAAUAGUAUUUAAUAGUUGUUUUAAGUAUUUAUGUGUAACUCAACCGCUGUCUACUUGAAAUAAAGGAUGGUUGAUCUAUUCAUAAAUUUAUUUGUAACAAUAAAACUAUUUUAGUUGAUAGUUGCAACAAAAUAUAGAACAAAGCGAGCUUCCCAUAGUAUCAAAUUAAGUAGCUUCCCCUUAUACAUGAUUUCUUAAGACCAUAUUAUGCCGUAAACAUAAAAAAAUGGCUUCCUUCCCUGUUUGAAAAACACCUUCCAAUUUCAAUCUCAUAACACAAAUAUAUACUUCUAUGUUAACUACCACGUAGGUCACUGGUAACCUACAUUAGUGGAGGAUUUGCCUUCAACAGUUUUCUGAUGGCAGUUAAAGGCUUAAGCCUUAAGCUUCUGGGCAACAGACCAUAUUUAGGUCUAAUGCAGUCUUGUUAAACAGAUGUGAACCUUAUUAACCUCUCGUAUGCCGUAUAUAAGACAGCAAUAGAAAAUACAUUGUGUCUCGCGUGGAUCCACGUUCCAAACAUACGAAGGGUUAAUGUAAAGUCAAUGCAUUUAUUUUAACUCAACUACAGAUAUUAUCACGUCCCUUCAGUCUGCCAGUCUGUGAACUAGGCUCUUUAUUAAUACUUCCAGAAUACAAGACAGUGGUAUAUAUAAUAAUUUAACAAAUUGCUAAGGUCAUAAUUAUACGAGCGGUGAAGCUCGUUCCAUCCAAAUAUGGACAACGUCUAACUUAUUGUUACUAUUUCUACGCUAGUUAUGUUAAGAUUUGCACCUUUAUCCAAUGCUGUUGUUGACAAAAUUGUGUAUUUCUUGUAGCAAGAUGUCUGUGUUUGGGCAUUUAAUAUUAUUUUGUCAAUGUAUCAUUAUACAUAUUUGUUAAUAUAGAUGAUAUAUUUCAUAUCUGUUCCUAAUCCUAUUUUGAGGUAACGAUUUUUUUAAGAACAAAUUACUGGUACAAUGAUUGUGAAUGGAAUAAUUAAUGUUAUUUUGUAUAUUUUAUAUUAUAAUUAUAUUGAAACAGGUGAAUAAUGCCCUAAACAGACAGAAUGCUAAAUAUUUUGAUAACAAAUUGUCACAGGACAUGUGCCUUAUACAUAAGUAGCGCUUUGAAGAAUGUCUGUAAUUUCCAAUACACAAUUUUGUUGAUAACUCUUGUACAUUUUAUCUGCAAAGGUUUUGUCUCUAUGAUUCCCACGUGUAAUGUAAGCACGUAUUAUGUUUUAGUUCAUCACAAUAUUGUUUUAGUUGUUAUCUUAUUCAUACGGUUGAAUAUUUCUGUUUAUCUGCUAUAAAUAGGCUAAUUUGAACAACUAAGCAUUGAUUUGAGUUAGUUUUGUAUGUUUUAAAGACCUGUUUCAUCAUUUUUGAUUGUUUUCGUUAGUCUUUACUGGUGAUUAUUGGUAAGCUAAGCGAAACUUAAUCGGCAAUUAUGAAAUAGUCCUUAAAUCAUAUUUAAUGUCGAAUUUUCUUACGUACAAAUUAUAGUAUGAUUAAUUUUGUUUUUCUUUCAAGAAAAAUGUUCUGUUCGAUUAUUUACGAUUGUGUAAAGAAUUAUUUUUGUUCCAUAAAAUUAAUAGUUUGAUCUCUUCUUUGGGCGCAUUUCUUCAAUUUUCUAUUAAUCUACUCACUACAUUCUAUUGUAUGUGCAUUCUCUGUUUUGAGAGGUUUUAAUAUGUUUAAGUUGUAUUUUUAGAUAUUUUUUUGUUUAUUUAUUCAGCUUUUGUUGCACAUCGUCUAAGGUUAAAGGAAUAAAGGUUCCAAUAAAAAUUUUGGUCAUCUUUUAACAUAAGUUGUCAAUAAUUUACUUGUCAAAGUAUUGUUGAAUAUCUAUGUAUCGUGCGAGUAUGUUUAAAAGUUGUCCUAAUUUAUAAUGCAUGCGCUAUUCAACUUAGAUAGGUUUUGUCUUGUUAUUGUAUGUAGGUAAAUGAAAAUUAUUGCAAUGUCUCGUUUUCUGAUUAAUAUUGUCAUGUAACUCGUUGUUUCAUUAAUGUUUUCUAACUAUUACACUAGUAAUGUACAUUGAUCUAACCAAUGACUUGUUUGUUGAAGCUCAGUAUUUAUUUCCCUUGAUAUUAACCCUCAGAAUUACCGAUUUGUCCGAAUUAGGAGACUUGGUACCUAACUAAUGUUGCAUGUAUAUGUUGUAUAUAUACUCGUACCGUGUAUAUGUGCUGUAUAGAAUGUAUUCGUGUCCAGGUGGAGCUAUGCUAUGUCGAACUUUAGUUUGUAUAACAAAGUUCUAGUCAAAGGGAUACUAAAAUAAGACUAUGUACCUAAACAAGAGCUAUAAUUAAAUAUUAAUUUGAUGGAA